AUGGCCAGCGACGGUCAACUGAAGCGCCUGGCGCCGGUGGCCACCGCGGCGUCUGCGGCCGCCACCCGGGCCGGCGCUCUGUACGCCACCAGCAAGACCUACGUCCCGGCGCGGCUGCAGGCCACCGUGGAGCAGGCGGAGGGCAAGGCGGCCUCCCUGGCCAGCCCUUAUGUGGCUCUGAUCAGCGACAAGGCCGUGAUUGCGCUCAAGACGGUCGACGCCAAGGUCGACGGCGCCAUCCUGUCGGCCUGGCAGUCCUACACCGCCAACGCCGCGCACCUGACGGCGGUGGUGGAGGCGCAGCGGGCGGCGCGGGGCGCCGACCUGGAGGCCUUCAACGCCGCCAGGGCCGCCUACCUGAAGAAGGUGGAAGAGUCUGUGGCGUUUGUGAAGGAGCAGGGCCUGCAGGGCACCGCCAAGGUGGCCGCCGAGGCGCUGGCCAGCAAGGUGGAGGAGGCCAAGAAGGUGCCCGAGGUGCUGCUGCAUGAGAUCAGCGCUGCCUGGGGCAAGCUGAGCGCCAUGCCCGCUGUGGAGCGGCUGGUGGCCAGCAGCAAGGUGCAGGUGGAUGCCGCUUACGGCAAGUACAAGGCGGCACACGAUGCGCUGGUGGCCGACCCCCGCUACGGCGCCGCCGUGGCCAAGGGCGGCGAGCUGCUGGCCAGCCUGCAGGCCACCGCCGCCUACAAGGCCGCCUGGACCCGCCUUACCCCGCUGCUGGGGCUGCCCGCCGCGCAGAGCGCGGCCAAGAUCGCGGCCCCUUACGUGACUGCGGUGGCCGGCCACCUGGCUCCGGUGGCGGCGUGA